UAUUAACCAAUUGAUAUAACUUAUAUCUAUUUAUUAUCGGGAUUAACAGAUUAACUGUUCAGUUAAGAAGAAAAUUAAUAAUAAUAUACUAUAAUGGCAAAUCAUUUUCGCAUUCGUGAAAAAGUGAAGGAAACUAUAAAUCCGUGUUAAUGUAUUGCAAUGUGUUUAAGUACUUUAUUUAGUGAUUUUGAAUUAUUUUUCAUUAGUAGUAACAUAGAGGUUAGACAGUUAUCAGUUUUUCCAUUUUUGUCGCUCGAUGUUAUUAUAUAAUCGUGUAAGAAAUUGUUUUGUGUGUUUCUCUUGUCUCUUAUCAUUUUAUUGAAUUGUUUUGAGCGUUCAACAAUACUGAUUUCCUCUUGACCGGGAUUUAAUAAACUAAUAACUAUAGAACAUAGACGGUGGUAGGCGUUCUUCUACCAAUACCGUCGUUGUUACAUUAAAAAAAUGUCCAAGAAUAAAUUAAACCUGACUCUGCCUCCUGGCGUAACCGACAAUCCACACCCGGUGUCACCGUCCGCUCCCUUGUCAGCAGCUUCUGACACAGGAUGUGACAAAUUGAGUGUAGCAAGUCUACAAGAACAAUUGGAUCGCGUUGGAAUGGAUGACGAACAACGUAAGCGAAUGGAAUUGUUUUUGUGUCAGAAAGAAAAGAUAGGCGGAGAAUUGAGCGAUGCUGACUUUGAAAAAAUGAAAGACGGUGAACUUGGUGCUGGCAAUGGAGGUGUGGUCAUGAAAGUCAAACACAAGUCUAGCGGUUUGAUAAUGGCCAGAAAACUUAUUCACUUGGAAGUUAAACCAGCCAUAAAGAAACAAAUAAUAAGGGAACUUAAAAUCUUACAUGAAUGUAAUCAUGCUCAUAUAGUUGGUUUUUAUGGAGCAUUUUACAGUGAUGGGGAAAUAAGUAUUUGCAUGGAAUACAUGGAUGGCGGCUCAUUAGAUCUCAUAUUACAAAAAACACGAAUACCUGAACCUAUACUUGGGACAAUAACAGCAGCUGUUGUCAAGGGUCUAAUAUAUUUGCGAGAACAACAUUCAAUCAUUCAUAGGGACGUCAAGCCUAGUAAUAUUUUAGUAAACAGCGCAGGUGAAAUUAAAAUUUGCGAUUUUGGUGUUUCUGGUCAACUUAUAGAUUCCAUGGCAAAUUCAUUUGUCGGUACUAGGUCAUAUAUGUCUCCUGAACGACUUCAGGGUACCCAGUAUACAUUACAAAGUGAUAUUUGGUCCUUGGGCUUAUCUUUGGUUGAAAUGGCAAUAGGUAUGUAUCCAAUACCAGCGCCCGAUGCUAAAACAUUAGCUUCUAUAUUCGGACCUAGAUCUCAAACGACUGAAAACAUAGACAAUUCAGAAGGCGAUGUAUUUGCUAAUGGUAACGGCCCUAGACCGAUGGCCAUUUUCGAGCUACUCGAUUACAUUGUAAAUGAACCUCCACCAACUCUGCCUGCUGGUAUCUUUUCGGAUGCUUUUAAAGACUUUGUAGAUAGAUGUUUAAAAAAGAAUCCAAUUGAAAGAGGAGACUUUAAAAUGCUAAUGGAUCACCAAUGGAUAAAAAAAGCUGAAAGUGAACCGGUUGAUAUUGCCGGUUGGGUUUGCAAAAUAAAAGGCUUGACACCAACUACUCCUACGAGGAUGGCAUCAAACUCAGCCUCAUGAGUCUGCUCUCUGCUCCUAAUACAACGGCUCACUGCUGCGGACUCCUAUGUGGACAGAAAUGUCUAAAAAGAUGCGCCUCCCAAGCUUCAUAGUAUAAUCGCUUCUGCCAAGUUAUUAUUUUUUUUUUUUAUGUAGCCUUUAAUUGGGUGCUAACAACAAUGUAAUUUGUAUUAAGAGUUGUAAUUUAUAUUAUAAGUUUUAAUUUAUAUAAAGAGUUAUCAGGGAUUAAUUCUGAUUACCAAUGAGUAUAAUUUUGCUUUUAAAUACACGUUGUGUGAUAAUCA